CGUUCUUGUUGGCAAGGGAUGUCCAGCUGAUGUUUCCUGGGAAGGUCGGAAGGCUUAAAUCACUGCUGCAAGAGGAGUAGAAAGGUGAUUGAGUUACAUUGGAGCACAGUGCUGUGUCAGUGCAUACACUGCCACCAUGGGUGAACUCUUCAGAAGCGAGGAGAUGACCCUUGCUCAGCUCUUCCUCCAGUCAGAGGCUGCGUACUGCUGCGUCAGUGAGCUGGGAGAGCUGGGAAUGGUCCAGUUCCGUGAUCUGAAUCCAGACGUGAACGUGUUCCAGCGCAAGUUUGUCAAUGAAGUGAGGCGCUGUGAGGAGAUGGACCGCAAGCUGAGGUUUGUGGAGAAGGAGAUAAAGAAAGCCAACAUCCCAAUUGUGGAUACGGGGGAGAAUCCGGAGGUGCCAUUCCCACGGGACAUGAUCGAUCUGGAGGCCACCUUCGAGAAGUUGGAGAACGAGCUGAAGGAGAUCAACACCAACCAGGAGGCUCUGAAGAAGAACUUCCUGGAGCUGACCGAGCUGAAGCACAUCUUGCGGCGCACGCAGCAGUUCUUUGACGAGAUGGAGGACCCAAAUCUUUUGGAGGAGUCAUCCUCCCUGCUGGACCCCAGCGAGGCGGGACGGGGGGCACCGCUGAGGCUAGGGUUUGUAGCCGGUGUGAUCAGCAGGGAGCGAAUCCCCACCUUCGAGAGGAUGCUGUGGAGGGUGUGUCGUGGGAACGUCUUUCUGCGACAGGCGAUGAUCGAGGACCCACUGGAAGACCCCACCACGGGAGACCAAGUUCAUAAGUCAGUCUUCAUCAUCUUCUUCCAAGGUGACCAGCUGAAAAACAGGGUGAAGAAGAUAUGCGAGGGAUUCCGUGCGUCGCUGUACCCCUGCCCUGAGACGCCCCAAGAGAGGAAGGAGAUGGCAGCUGGAGUCAACACACGCAUUGAUGAUCUCCAGAUGGUGCUGAACCAGACGGAGGACCACCGUCAGAGGGUCCUGCAGGCUGCUGCCAAGACGAUGAGAGUGUGGUUCAUCAAAGUGAGGAAGAUGAAGGCCAUCUACCAUACCCUCAACCUCUGCAACAUCGAUGUAACCCAGAAGUGUCUGAUUGCUGAGGUGUGGUGCCCUGUCUCGGACCUCGACUCCAUCCAGUUCGCCCUGCGUAGAGGCACGGAGAGAAGCGGCUCAACGGUGCCCUCCAUCCUCAACAGGAUGCAGACCAAACAGACGCCUCCCACUUACAACAAAACCAACAAGUUCACCUCUGGCUUCCAAAACAUCGUGGAUGCUUAUGGAAUCGGAACGUACCGGGAAAUCAACCCAGCCCCCUAUACCAUCAUCACCUUCCCUUUCCUGUUCGCGGUCAUGUUUGGGGACAUGGGGCACGGGGUGCUCAUGACCUGUGCUGCCCUCUAUCUGGUCCUAAGGGAGAGUCGGCUCCUUUCUCAGAAGAGUGAUAACGAGAUGUUCAACAUGGUCUUUGCUGGACGCUACAUCAUCCUGCUGAUGGGAAUCUUCUCCGUCUACACUGGGAUCAUCUACAACGACUGCUUCUCCAAGUCGCUCAACAUGUUUGGCUCUGGCUGGAGCGUGAGGCCCAUGUUUGGGCCCAAGGGAGCUAACUGGUCAUUUGAAACACUUGACGGUAAUGCAGUGUUACAGCUGGAUCCAGCCGUACCGGGAGUCUUCAAUGGACCUUAUCCAUUAGGUAUUGACCCGAUCUGGAACAUCGCCACUAACAAGCUGACCUUCUUGAACUCCUUCAAGAUGAAGAUGUCUGUCAUCCUGGGGGUUAUACACAUGCUGUUUGGUGUCACCCUCAGCUUGUUCAACCACCUUUACUUCAAAAAGCCCCUGAACAUCUUCCUGGGCUUCAUUCCCGAAAUCGUCUUUAUGAGCAGUCUGUUCGGCUACUUGAUCCUCCUCGUCUUCUACAAGUGGGGAGCGUACGACGCGGUCACCUCCAAGGAUGCCCCCAGCCUUCUCAUCGCCUUCAUCAACAUGUGCCUCUUCAACUACAGUGACCCCACAAACAAGCCCCUCUACAGAGGACAGAUGGGGAUCCAGUCUUUGUUGGUGGUGAUUGCCCUUGCAUGUGUUCCCUGUAUGCUGAUAGUGAAAACAAUGGUGCUUCGGCGUCAGUACCUGUGGAGGAAGCACCUGUCGCAGAAGAUAGAAGAAAGGCCUGCUGAGAAUCUAGAAACUUUAGAGCAGACAGAUGUGUCCUCAUCAUGCACGGGACUCACUCAACAGGGCACACAGAAAUUUGGUGGGAUCCGGGUUGGUAACGGGCCCACGGAAGAUGAGGCUGAGAUCAUCCAGCACGACCAGCUCUCUCAGCAUUCCGAGGAUGAGAACGAGCCCGCAGAGGAGGAAGUGUUUAACUUUGGAGAUGUUGCGGUCCACCAGGCCAUCCAUACCAUAGAGUACUGCCUGGGUUGCAUCUCCAACACUGCCUCCUACCUGCGGCUCUGGGCACUGAGCCUUGCCCAUGCACAGCUUUCCGAGGUGCUGUGGACCAUGGUGAUGCACAUCGGCCUGUCAUCCAGGAGUUAUGGUGGCUUCUUUGGCCUGUCAAUCAUCUUCUCAGCCUUUGCCACGCUCACCGUGUGCAUCCUGCUGAUCAUGGAGGGCCUGUCGGCCUUCUUGCAUGCCCUCCGUCUGCACUGGGUGGAGUUCCAGAACAAGUUCUACACGGGACAGGGAUUCAAGUUCAUACCAUUCUCCUUCGACAGCAUCCUGGAGGGGAGAUUUGAUGAAUAAACGUAUCUAGAUGCCCCUUCAGUGCCCAGGUCCUCCUGCAAGGCAUGUCCUUCUCCUUGGAGCCACUGUGGUAUUGCAUAAUGUAGUGACCUAUAUAAUGAGCUGUGCUGUAGUCUCUAUUCCCAGUUGUUGUGUGGUGUUGUAGAAGCUGUGUGACUGGCCCAUGGUCUUGGUGUUCAUUUUGAAUGCAUCUUUCCUGAGCCCCAGAUCCACUGAUCUGAUUUUGUCUGUUUUUUUAAAUGUGUUCAUAAAUGAAUCCUGUAAUUAUCAACCAGUUCAUUUAUUACAAAUCCUCAGAGCUUUACCAGAGAAACAAACUGUUAAGUGCAAUGUUUGACCUUGUUUGAAAUGAUAUCAUCUAAAAAUUAUUAGAAAUAAUAAAAACAGAAAUAACUGACCUAGAUUGAUCCAACUAAUGCCCUAGUCUGCCACUGCACUGACUACUUGUUAUUGCUGGUGUUGAUAUUUUAUGAUAAUUUAUUUAUCGGUUGUUAUUUCAUAAAAAUCUGUGCUGUUGUACCUAGUUAAAAAGAGUAUGCACUGCUGUGGUAAAUCAGCUCUUCUCUUUGUAUUCUGACCAGCUCUUCUCUUUGUAUUCUGAAUUCAAUUCUUUGAAUUCUGAAUUCUGAACUGUAUUCAUAAAGUCAAAAGAAUUUCAGCUCUUUUCAUACCA